GUGGCAUCUUUAAUUACCCUAUGCAAGUGUGUGUAUGUGACGUCACGUGCAGACCCUUCUCGUGCUCUCUGUAUCUGUGCGUGUGUGUCUUGUGUAGGCGUGUGUGUGCGUGCUUGUGAACGCACACACACACUGUGUGGCAGUCGUUCAGUGAGGAAAGGAGAGAGACGCGCCAGCACAGAGAGGCACGGAGCCGGAGCGGAGAGCAUCAAGUAGAUCGCAUUUGGGGAAAAUUCUAAACCAGCGUAGGAAUCAAGAAAAGUAACACAAAUACUAACGACUCUAAUGCACCAAUUGGACGCGUUAGUGUGGGGACUGUGUUGGUAUUUGGAAGUAAAAUGAAAGGUUUACCUGUCUCUUUAUUGGAUUUGGAGUCCUAUUUGCGGCGGCUUUGACAGAGGAGUUGUGCAUGCAGAGUGGGCUUUCGAAUCGAAUUUGACUUGGACAUCCAGGAUCCCUAAACGUCCUUAAAAACCCGCUGGACAUCAUUAAACUCAACAAUCACCACCACCAUGGAUGAAGAGCAGUGCUACUACAAUGAGACCAUUGCCUUUUUCUACAACCGCAGUGAAAAGCACCUGGCUACCACCUGGAACACCGUGAGCAGGCUGGUGAUGGGGCUCGGCGUCACUGUGUGCAUCUUCAUCAUGCUCGCCAACCUUCUGGUAAUGGUUGCCAUCUACAUCAACAGGAGAUUCCACUUCCCAAUCUACUACCUGAUGGCCAACCUAGCAGCUGCUGACUUUUUUGCUGGACUGGCCUACUUGUACUUAAUGUUCAACACAGGACCAAACACAAGGUGGCUGAGUGUUUCAACAUGGUUGUUGCGUCAAGGCUUGAUCGAUACCAGUCUUACAGCUUCGGUGGCCAACCUGCUGGCCAUCGCCAUAGAGCGUCACAUCACUGUCUUCCGCAUGCAGCUACAUACGCGUAUGAGCAACCGACGUGUAGUGGUGGUGAUCGUUAUAAUCUGGACUAUGUCCAUAGUGAUGGGGGCAAUCCCCAGUUUGGGCUGGAACUGUAUCUGCGCCCUGCAAAGUUGCUCUAGUAUGGCACCGCUUUACAGCAACUCCUACUUGAUCUUCUGGGCGGUGUUUAACCUGGUGACGUUUGUCGUGAUGGUGACUCUUUACGCCCACAUUUUUGUCUAUGUGCGGCAGAGGACCAUGAGGAUGUCGCGGCACAGCUCUGGGCCACGGCGCAACCGAGACACAAUGAUGUCUCUGCUCAAAACUGUGGUCAUCGUGUUGGGUGCCUUUAUAAUCUGUUGGACCCCAGGCUUGGUCCUCAUACUUCUCGAUGUCUUCUGCUCCAGCUGCACCGUCCUCAACUAUGAGAAGUUCUUCCUGCUCCUUGCCGAGUUCAACUCGGCUAUGAAUCCUAUCAUCUACUCAUACCGGGACAAGGAGAUGAGCGCCACCUUCAAGCAAAUCUUGUGCUGCCAGCGGCAGGAAAACGUCAAUGGGGCGGUGGUGGACGGAUCUGACCGCUCGGCAUCUUCGGUCAACCAUACGGUGCUGGGCGCAGGCGGCGUCCAUCACCAUCACAAUGAGCACUCGGUGGUUUGAAAUGAUUGCAAAAAGGAAGUCUGAAAGUUGCAGCUGUUCUGCCUGAGACUAGGUAAAUACUAAACGAGGGAUGUGAAUGUGACGGAUCAUAGACUGCUGUUUGAAUUUACAAACAGAUGAGACAAACUGAUUAUCAGCAUGAUGGAGAGAUCAAUGAAGAAACAGCAGAAAAAGAAGAAGAAUGGAAGUAAAAAAGAAUGAUGGAAAGACCAUAUGAAGGAAGAGAGGAAGUCUAUUGUUCGGGGACUCUGACAGGGUGUUCGUAUUUUUAUUUAGCUGUAUGUUGGUUUUUUUGUGUUAAAUGUGUUUUUUUUUUUUUUUACAAGCAAAGAUCAUAUGAAUUAUUUAAGUAAUCUGUGAAAUGGUAAUGCCAGUAUAACCAUUGUCUUUCUCCAUUCAGGCUGAUUAACUUUGGAACUACUACACUUCAAGAAACACCAACACAAAACUGUAGAGAGCCAUUUCCAUGUUGCCUUUCCCCAUAACUGGCAUAAACAAACUCCUCAUGGAUUCACCAUCAUUCUAGUAUCUGAACAGAAGCUGCUUCAUGAUUAUAUCAUGUGAUGGAGCAGAUGGACUGUACGGUGAAUAAUCAAAACGGUAUCAACUUCACACAUCAUCAGUUUCAAUCUUUUAUCAUUUUCAGACAGUCUUGAAAAAGUCUAGCAUGUGUGAGAUAAGAUUAAAAUUCACAAUUAAACCAAAAGAAACCUAGAUUUUUUUUUUCUUUAGUUUUGUUGCACAGUUUUGAUUAGUCCAAUAUAUUUGUUGCAUUGAUUAGCUCAAGACUCCAGAGAAAGAUAGUCUUUUCAUUUGCAGAACCAGCAGAGUGAAUUUAGAGGCAUUUGUAUCCAUUUGCUGCCAUUUUGCUCUUUACUUAACCUAUUUCAUUUCUAUGUUCAUAAGCCGUUGAAUAAAAUUUUAUUUCUUUGCAAGUAAGUAAAGACCAAAUAUUUUCAUACAGAGUAUAAACACAAGCAUAUUUUUCCCCACUGUCUGACAAUAAACCAGACUUUAAUUUCCCCUACCUAUAUCAGUUAGAAUAAUCAAAAUUAUUUCUUAUUCCAGCAUUUGGCAAAUGGUAAAAAUUGUAUGGUUAUUUCAGAUUUAUCACAGUUCUUGUUCAGAUGGUGUCAAAAUAUAUAUAUUUUUUUUUCCUUUUUACUAUGCUGGCCUUACAACCACAGUGUAUAAAGAUUCAGUUGUGUAUGUUUCUUCAUGCUAGUAAUGAAAACAAUAAGGGAUUCCACUGCAUUGCAGUAAAAUGCAGUGACAAGUUAAUAUCUUAGAUGGCAACAAAUUGGUAAAUGUGCUCAGUUGGCUACAUCAUUAGACCUGUUCUGAUGUAUUUUUUACCUCUAGAGAUAAACAUGGCUAUGCUCCUAGUGUUUUUUAAUCUGAUUUAACCCACUGGUCUGUAUAUUUUAAAGAAAUAUUGGUUACUCCAAUACCUAUAACUUGGUUAUUGCAACUUAUAGGUCAGUUUAUACUUUUCCAAAGCUUUAACAUUACAUUUUUUAUCAUCCG